UCCGGAAGAAUCGGCUUCUAUGGCGAAUAUGGCUUCCUCGUGGGUGCUCAGGAGAUGGUGCUCCACGGUCGCGGCAGAAGUAACAGCACCGGUCAAGGGCACCCGAUGGGAGAGGUUUAAACAGAGCAAAUUAGGUCAGUGGUUGAUUGGCAUGUCGCGAGACUACAAGGAGGCAUGUCGUGAGAUUGCAGUGGGGGCAUGGGAGCGGCCAGUCAAAGCCUCAGUCUACCUAAGCCUCCUGGGUGGAGCUGGUGUCUGCAUCUACACCAAUCCCGACGACACCUCUUUUGAGACCACCGUUAUGGACAGGGCCAACCAGCUUGGGCUCCUGACGCCGUGGAUACGCAGCGGCACGUCGGACGGGCACGUGCAGAAGCUGGUCAAGCUUCGUAAUGAGGGCAGGUUACGUCACCUCAGCCUGGGUAUGGUCUCACUCACCUACUUCACUGAUUACGACCCGGACGCCAGCCUCUACGAAGCCCAGUGUUCCAACCUCUCAGUCCCCUGGAGGGAGCUCCACAUGCGGGUACUGGACGUGGGCUUCGUGGGACGAUGGUGGAUACUGGACCAUAAAAUGAAGGACUAUGACGUGAACGAGGAAGAAUUCAAGCACCUCCCGCCUGCCAUGGCAGCCACAGUACCCCCGGGUGUACAGAAGGUGGAGGAGAAUGAACGGCUUCACAAGGAGUCCUGGAUGCCCCUGAAGACAGACGAGGAAGUGAACAAGGCACCAGCAUCUGUGAAGGAGGGAGGAGGCAUUGUGGAACAGAUUAAGACAGGCAGUUUAGAUCUUGUCGAAAAGGUCAGGAUUGGCCAUGGAGUAUUUGUAGAAACGAUUAAAAUAAAGACCGGCAUUGUAGCUCAACCACAGAACUUAGUUGAACCUGAACCACAGAAGGGAGAAUGGUCAGAAACAGAGGAGCAGGAGGAGAAAGAGGAGCAGCCACAACAUCAGGCAAAGGCCUAAUGUGUCUGGGUGGACCAUUGGACAGUAACUGGAUGAUGAUGAUUUGUCGACUGUGUGGGGUUUGGUUGUUUUUGGAGGACACAUAAUGAAACGGCAGACUUUCUGCACGGUGUGAAGACUUCUAGCUCCCAGGGCUGUGGAAUAUUGCCACACAUGAAGAUGACAAAUGGUCUCCUUUAUCAUCAAUGUGUGCUCUAUACCACUGGUCAUCAAUUCUUUCCUCUGGGACCUACAAACAUUUCGUAGUUCAGUUCUGAACUCGGUGUGUGCGAGAUCUCAGCUCUGAACCACAAGUGUGCGUGAAUUCUCAGCCCACUCCUGCUUGCAUUCCUGCAAUUUAAAAUAAUCUUCUGAACCUUCUCAUGCAUCAUAAUGCUAAAUAACGGCAUGAUUUCAUAAGAAAUGUACUGUUUGGAAUAUGUAAACCCCAGUGUAGUCUAAAACUUAAUUGAAGCAGCACAGAUGAAGUCACCCACU